AUGUUAACAUCAAAAUGUUUAGUUAAUGUUGUUACUGGAUAUCCAUUACAAGUUAACGCAAGGAAUAUAAAAGUUUUAGAUAUUGAAUUUAAUCCAGAAUUUAUAUCUAGAAUGAUUCCAAAACUUGAUUGGAAUGCUUUGUACAACACAGCUCAAAGUAUCGGUCAUUUAGGAGAAUUACCACCAGAACCAGCUCCUGAUUAUGAAAAUAAUGAAGAUUUUUUAAAAAAAGUACACCAUGUGCUUUUAGAAGUUGAAGUUAUGGAAGGAGAAUUGAUUUGUCCAGAAACUGGUAGAAAAUUUCCAAUAAGUGAUGGAAUACCGAAUAUGUUAAUUAAUGAAGAUGAAGUUUAG